AUGCCGCCACAGCCAGGGGAUCAAACAAAUGAGACGGAAGAGGAAUGCAAAUGGGAAGAACCGACACGAGAGGUCGAGGAAGAAGACGAUAACAUGCUGAUACACCUGGAAUGGGGUCGGCUGAGAAGGGAAUUUCAGAGUAUCUCGAAAAUGAGAGACCUGCCAUCGAAGUCAUCGUCGCUCGACACCUGA